AUGGACUUUGUGAAAAAUCAGCUUGGCGGACAAAACAAAGAAGCACAGGCAACAUCAGGAGCCGGGGGAGGACUGACAGAUAAAGUUAGUGGUGCGCUAGGCGGAGGGCAAGCUGGAGAGAAAAAUGAAGGCAUGAACCACUUAAACAGCGUAGACUUUGUACAGGAGAGGUUCCUUGGAGCUGGCCCUCAGAACAAUGAGAGCGCAAUCGAACAAGCAAAAGAUGAACAAAUUUCGGACGUUAUUCGCCGUGGUUACAAGAGCGCGACAGGCACCGACUUUCCUAUCAAAGACAAGUAG